AUGCAAUACAAAAAAACUUUAGCUUCUGUCGCUUUUGCUUCCACUGCUCUAGCUGCUUACGUUCCAUCUGAACCAUGGGAAACUCUAACUCCAACUGGUACUUACAAGAAUGGUGUUUCUGAUUAUGCUACCUCUUUCGGUAUUGCCGUUCAACCAAUUGCUACUACCUCUUCUGUUGCUAAGAGAGCUGUUGUUUCUCAAAUCGGUGACGGUCAAAUCCAAGCUACUACCAAUACUGUUCAAAAGACUACCGCUGCUGCUAUCUCCCAAAUCGGUGACGGUCAAAUCCAAGCCACUACCACCACCUCUACUGCUACUGUCAAGAAGACUACUGCUGCCGCUGUCUCUCAAAUCGGUGACGGUCAAAUCCAAGCUACCACUUUGACUACUUCUACUGUCAAGAAGACUACUGCCGCUGCUGUUUCUCAAAUUGGUGACGGUCAAAUCCAAGCUACUACUGCUACCACCACUCAAAAGACUACCGCUGCUGCUGUCUCUCAAAUCGGUGACGGUCAAAUCCAAGCUACAACUGCCACUGCUCAAAAGACUACUGCCGCUGCUGUCUCUCAAAUUGGUGAUGGUCAAAUCCAAGCUACCACUUCCCAAACCUCUUCCAACACUGCUUCUACUUCCACCUCUUCUAAAGCCGCUGCUUCUUCCACCUCUGCUGCUGCCUCUACCAACGACCCAGUCACUGCUGAAUCUUGUUUAACCGACAGUACUUUGGCCAUGACUUUGAAGGGUGGUAUCUUGACCGAUUCUAAGGGUAGAAUUGGUUCCGUUGUUGCUAACAGACAAUUCCAAUUCGAUGGUCCACCACCACAAGCUGGUGCCAUCUAUGCUGCUGGUUGGUCCAUCACCCCAGAAGGUAACUUGGCUAUUGGUUCUAACGAUGUUUUCUACCAAUGUUUGUCUGGUAACUUCUACAACUUAUACGAUGAAUCUAUCGGUUCUCAAUGUGCCCCAGUUCACUUACAAGCUAUUGACUUGGUCAAGUGUUAA